GUGCUGUAUCCUACUCCCGUUAGGACCUGAUCGCAAGUCACAUGAAUUAGUGGGUGGAGCCGGUGCUCUCCUCUCACUCUCUGCUAGCUGCAGCUUCCCGAGACAGACUGAGUUUACUCUUGCAGUUUUUUUUUGUUUUUGUUUAAAUCAGAUUUAUUCUUUUAAUUGCUUAAUUUGUUUUUCUUUUUCUUUUUUUCUUUGGACCUAUUAAGUGCUUUAAAUAAAGACUUCCUGGGAGAGUGCUUCAUAACUGGUGCAUGAUCGGUGUGAUCUGCAGCAUGGCUGACGAUGUCUAUGGAAACAGUGACUUCCAUCAACAAAUUGGAAAAAGAAAACACAGCGACAGGGAAAGAUACCAAGCUCCAGCAGGAAUGGAUGAUGAAGAUGAUGAAGCCGACUAUGAAAAUUUUGAAGAUUCCAUUAAAAUGGAGGAGAAAAAAACAAACCAAACAGAAGCAUUCAAAGAGGAAGUGAAAUCACAGGCAGCCACAAAUCACAAUGUCUGCGGAACCAAAUCGAUUGUGUUUCUCUACGUUCUGCUGAUCGCUAGCUCUGUGAUGUGGGCGGCUCUGCUCUCCUUGCUGUUUGUGAAAUGCACUGCAGAAAUACAAACCCUGAAAACUCUCCUGACAGAAAAAGAUUCUCAAAUGAGGGCAAAUUUUGAGAAUUGCGUUUCUAAUGGCACUGCAGAAAUACAAACCCUGAAAACUCUCCUGACAGAAAAAGACUCCCAGCUUUCCUCAAAUGUGAGGAACUUGGGAAAAGACAUUUCUAGCCUGAAAACUAAAGAUUCCCAGCUCUCAACCAGUGUGAGAAACUUGGAAACUGAGAUUUCAAGCCUAAAAAAUAAAGAUUCCCAGCUCUCAACCAGUGUGGGAAACUUGGAAACUGAGAUUUCAAGCCUAAAAAAUAAAGUGUCUGACUUCAGGACCUGCCCAUGUGACUGGAAGAAGUUCAGUGAAAAGUGCUACUACUUUUCCAAGGGCAAGAGGGACUGGAAGAAAGCAGAGGAAUUUUGUUACAAUCAAGACGCUGUGCUUGCAAUGGUCAAAACCCAACAAGAGCUGAACUACAUAAGAAGCCAAGUCUCAACAGAGUACCAUCUUGGACUGACCGACCAGGAAUCAGAAAAUAACUGGAAGUGGUUAGAUGGAAGUCCAGUUGCUGACAGCCUUUGGAAUUCUGGAGAGCCAAACAGCGCCGGUGAAGAAGACUGUGGAGAGAUCACUGCAGGGAAUCUCAAUGACAUACCUUGCAGCGUCAAACAGCGGUGGAUUUGUGAGAAGACACUUUAGAACUGCCUGCACCAAAUUAUCCACGCAGCUACAGUCAUUUUGAGUCUCUCUAGUCCUAGAAUUUGUUACGCUCCUGAACUUUUUGUGCUGUUUGCAAUCCUUCUGAGUCUCUUGAAUUGCAAUGCCGGUGUUGAGAUGCAUUUCCUGGACCUCAGGAGCUGCUCUUCAGUUCUAGCUGCUUCUCAUAGAUAUAUGUAACACAGGCUAGAUCAGGCAAAGUGUCUUAAUAGAAGAGCAGCGCCAUCUAGUGCUCUGCCACUUUCUUCAAGUUUUCUUUGGUGUUGCUGGUAACACUCUGCUGUGCGCUAGAUCAUUGUUGAUGCGCACUAAUAUAAAGACACUAGGCUGAUCUAACCCACGUUACUUAUGUCUAUGGCAGGCAACUAAAACUGAAAUAUAACAGCACUUCUUACUGUUUGAUUUUACUAAGUGGUUGCGAUUCUGUUAUUCAUCAUAGUGCCACUAGGUGGCAGUGUAGGCUAGCUCAGUGACGGUCUCAAUCCCUAAAUCCCUAAAUCUUCCUUGCCUUAAACUCCCAUUCAUUAUAUAGAGCAGGUCUAAAACAUGCAGCUGAAGGAACCACAAGUACUGGAAUUGGUUAAAUGCAUCAGGUUGAAAGCCUGGCUUUUAUUUUUUUUAAUAUAUAUAUAUAUAUAAAGGAAAGGUAGUGUAAAGCCUUUUGGUGUGAUCUGCGUGAGAACAGUGUGUGUUGUUUUGUUUAUUUUGGCUUUUGUUUUAUUUGUGUGUAUUUGUUUAUUAAAAAAAAAAUAGAUUGUCAGCACAGUAAAAAUCAAGCUCCUGUGUCCUGGGUCUGUUCUUAAAGGGGCAACGAACCACAGAGUGGUGAGGUUCUGUUUCAAUAUAUAUAUAAUCUCAUCAAUUGCAAUACCACUCUUGUCAUUUACAUGCUUAGAAUAUAUCGGUCAAACAAAAUGAAAUUUAAAAACAGGGAUAGCGGAACAUAAGGCAGCUAUUCGCAAUAAUAACUUAGACUAUGCAAUAGCUAGACAUUAUCAAACAAUGAAACAUCGUUCAGUUUCAAGCCUUAAAUUUGUUGGAUUAGAAAAGGUGUCAAUUCCAAAGAGAGGGGGACUAUAGUAAAGUUACUGUUAAAAAGGGAAGCCUAUUGGAUAUUUACUUUAAGAACAAUGGAACCGCAUGGCCUCGAUGAGAAUUUAGAGCCAAGUCCAUUCUUGUAAAUGUUGUAAUUCGUACCAUGAUUCUGAAUGUGAUUGGAAUGCUUUGAUAUAUGUUAAUUGUUGGCUUCUUCUUAAUUGCUGUUUGAUUUUAAUUGAAAAAUGAUAUUCAUCGACCAAUUAAAUGAAGAGACGAAAUAAAUAUUACCAAAGUGUUGUGUUAAGAUUUAAACUUGCCAUUGAUGUGUUGAUUGAUAUUAUGAUUGAAUGUAAUGAACUUUGAGCUGUAUAAAGAGAGGUGCUGCUCAUAUUUGAUCACUGUAUUCAUCACCUGACGAAGACUCGUUCGAUUCGAAACGCAGCGUCGACGUGGACUUUUAAAUCUCCUGUUUGUCUAAAUAAAAUGAAAAGAAUCUUUAA